UCCAGAACGAGACAGUUGGCGCUGGAAACAAUUUACUCCUCUUCCUCCACCUCGAGACCCUUAUACUUCCCCGCGCGCCGCCUCCCGCUCCCAAGAACAGACCCGAAGAGUGAAUCCCCAAUUGCGGCCAGGAGCGGCUUCCCAACUCCGCGCCCGCAGUAGGCUGGAGGCUUGGAGACUGGAUUUCCGAGAGACUCCGGCUUGGGGUCUGCUGUCAGUCCCUCCUCCUGGAUCCGGCUAGCGUUGCCCAUUUUAAAAGAGGAUUUUCUUAUUACCUCUGAACACUUCUUUUUCACAAAAUUUCUGAAAAAAGGUCGGUGGGAAAGAUUUGGAGAGGGGAGGGGGACAUUCAAACCGCCAGAGCAUCAAGGGAGCGUUCAGUACUUGCUUUUGGGUUUUGGAAUCACCCUCUGGACCUGAGCAAGCGAGCCAGAGAGGAAAGAGAGCAGGGCAGGCGAGGCGCUCCAGCCGGAGCCACCUCCUUCCCGGCCGCCCCCUCCUCAUUCCCCCGACACACUCGCUUGCUCACUCGCUCUCUCGCCGGCGCACCCCCCCCCCCAAGCCGGACCCACACCUCGGCGGGCGCCACAACUCGGCAGCCCGAGCCGUGGUAGCCGCAGCGGGAUGGAGGCGGCAGGCACCGAGCGCCCCGCAGGCUGGCCCGGGGCGCCCCUCGCCCGGACCGGGCUGCUACUCUUGUCUACGUGGGUCCUGGCCGGCGCCGAGAUCACUUGGGGCACGACGGGAGGUCCCGGGCGUCUGGUGUCUCCGGCUUCGCGUCCACCAGCGUUGCCUCCUCUCUUGCCACGGGCAGCGAUGAGCCGGUGGCCUGAGGAGCUGGCGAAUGCACGGAGAACCACAGCGCUGAGACGCGGGUCCAGGCUAGAGCUACUGCCCCGGGCGAACGGCGGGGAGAUACCGGCUGAAGCUGAGGGAAUGUCUCCUGAAGACGUGAGGUGGGUCCGGGGCAUCCCGGCUCCUAGCACGGCGGGCAGCUCGAGGAGGACUCGCCGGGCACAGCCCCCCAGUACCCUGGAGCGCGGGGACUCUUGGGCUACUGCUCCCGCAGAUGGUGCCAAAGGAAGCCGCCCUCAAACCAAGGGUUCCAGGGAAGAGGUGAAGGCGACACGGACUGGAGGACCAGCGGCUGAGGAGCUCAGGUUGCCCAGCACGUCUUUUGCGCUGACUGGGGACUCGGCCCACAAUCAAGCCAUGGUGCACUGGUCAGGACACAACAGCAGCGUUAUACUGAUCCUGACGAAGCUCUAUGACUUCAACUUGGGGAGUGUGACUGAGAGUUCUCUGUGGAGGUCGACGGACUAUGGCACCACCUAUGAAAAACUAAAUGACAAAGUGGGUUUGAAGACCGUCCUCAGUUACCUCUAUGUCAACCCCACUAACAAAAGGAAGAUCAUGCUUCUCAGCGAUCCCGAGAUGGAGAGCAGUAUCUUGAUCAGUUCGGACGAAGGGGCAACUUACCAGAAAUACCGGCUCACAUUCUACAUCCAGAGCCUGCUCUUCCAUCCCAAGCAGGAGGACUGGGUGCUGGCCUACAGCUUGGACCAGAAGCUUUACAGCUCGAUGGACUUUGGAAGACGAUGGCAACUCGUGCACGAGCGCAUCACACCCAACAGGUUUUACUGGUCGGUGUCCGGACUGGAUAAGGAGGCAGACCUGGUGCACAUGGAAGUGAGGACCACGGAUGGAUAUGCCCACUACCUCACCUGCAGGAUCCAGGAAUGUGCUGAGACAACUCGAAGCGGCCCCUUCGCUCGCUCCAUCGACAUUAGUUCCCUGGUCGUUCAGGAUGAAUAUAUCUUCAUCCAGGUAACAAUAGGUGGAAGAGCCAGCUACUACGUGUCCUAUCGAAGAGAAGCCUUUGCUCAGAUAAAGCUGCCCAAGUACUCUUUGCCAAAGGACAUGCACAUCAUCAGCACAGAUGAGAACCAAGUGUUUGCAGCCGUCCAAGAAUGGAACCAGAAUGACACGUACAACCUCUACAUCUCGGACACACGCGGGAUCUACUUCACUCUGGCAAUGGAGAACAUUAAGAGCAGCCGAGGUCUAAUGGGAAACAUCAUUAUUGAAUUAUAUGAGGUAGCAGGUAUCAAGGGCAUAUUCCUGGCAAACAAGAAGGUGGAUGACCAGGUGAAGACUUACAUCACUUACAACAAAGGCAGGGAUUGGCGACUACUCCAAGCUCCAGAUGUGGACCUGAGAGGAAGCCCAGUGCACUGCUUACUGCCCUUCUGUUCUUUACACCUGCAUCUGCAGCUCUCUGAAAACCCAUAUUCCUCUGGAAGAAUCUCUAGCAAGGACACAGCCCCCGGACUUGUGGUGGCCACAGGUAACAUUGGCUCAGAACUCUCCUAUACAGACAUUGGUGUGUUCAUCUCGUCUGACGGGGGCAACACAUGGAGACAGAUCUUUGAUGAAGAGUACAAUGUCUGGUUCCUAGACUGGGGUGGCGCCCUUGUGGCCAUGAAACACACACCUUUGCCAGUCAGGCACUUGUGGGUGAGUUUUGAUGAGGGCCACUCCUGGAGCAGAUACGGUUUCACGUUGCUGCCUCUCUUUGUGGAUGGGGCAUUGGUGGAGGCAGGAGUCGAGACCCACAUCAUGACAGUUUUUGGCCACUUCAGCCUGCGCUCCGAAUGGCAGUUGGUGAAAGUGGACUACAAGUCUAUCUUCAGCCGGCGCUGCACCAAGGAGGACUUUGAGACUUGGCACCUGCUCAAUCAGGGAGAGCCUUGUGUCAUGGGGGAACGGAAAAUAUUCAAGAAACGCAAAUCAGGUGCUCAAUGUGCCCUUGGCAGAGACUACUCUGGGUCAGUGGUAUCAGAACCCUGUGUCUGUGCGGACUGGGACUUCGAAUGUGAUUAUGGCUAUGAGAGACAUGGGGAGAGUCAGUGUGUUCCAGCUUUCUGGUACAACCCAGCUUCCCCCUCAAAGGACUGCAGCCUUGGUCAAAGCUACCUUAAUAGCACUGGGUACCGGAGGAUUGUGUCCAACAACUGCACAGAUGGGUUAAGGGAUAAGUAUUCUGCAAAAACUCAACUGUGUCCGGGAAAAGCUCCUCGGGGUCUCCACGUGGUAACCACUGAUGGGCGCCUGGUGGCAGAGCAGGGCCAUAAUGCCACCUUCAUCAUUCUAAUGGAAGAGGGUGACCUCCAAAGGACGAACAUCCAGCUUGACUUUGGGGAUGGCAUUGCUGUUUCCUAUGCCAACUUCAGCCCCAUUGAGGAUGGCAUCAAGCAUGUGUAUAAGAGUGCGGGCAUCUUCCAGGUGACAGCAUAUGCAGAGAACAACCUUGGUUCUGAUACAGCCGUCCUUUUCCUACAUGUGGUUUGUCCAGUGGAACAUGUUCACCUUCGAGUUCCAUUUGUCGCCAUAAGAAACAAGGAUGUGAACAUCAGUGCAGUUGUGUGGCCCAGUCAAAUGGGGACCCUUACCUACUUCUGGUGGUUUGGCAAUAGCACAAAGCCCCUCAUCACCUUGGACAGCAGCAUCUCUUUCACAUUCCUUGCAGAGGGAACCAACACCAUCACUGUGCAGGUAGCUGCUGGGAAUGCUCUCAUCCAAGACACCAAGGAAAUUGCAGUACACGAGUACUUCCAGUCACAGCUCUUAUCCUUCUCUCCAAACCUGGAUUACCACAAUCCUGAUAUUCCCGAGUGGAGGCAAGACAUUGGCAAUGUUAUCAAGAGAGCUCUGGUUAAGGUAACCAGUGUCCCAGAAGACCAGAUUCUCGUGGCUGUGUUCCCAGGUCUCCCCACUUCAGCAGAGCUUUUCAUCCUGCCACCUAAGAACUUGACAGAGAGGAGGAAAGGCCAUGAAGGGGAUCUAGAGCAAAUUGUAGAGACAGUAUUUAAUGCGCUAAACCAAAACCUGGUACAGUUUGAGCUGAAGCCAGGGGUCCAGGUCAUUGUAUAUGUCACACAACUGACGUUAGCUCCACUGGUGGACUCCAGCGCUGGGCACAGCAGCUCCGCCAUGCUAAUGCUAUUGUCAGUGGUAUUUGUCGGCCUGGCUGUGUUUUUGAUCUACAAGUUUAAAAGGAAAAUCCCCUGGAUAAACAUCUAUGCCCAAGUCCAACAUGACAAGGAGCAGGAGAUGAUCGGAUCAGUGAGCCAAAGUGAAAAUGCCCCCAAAAUCACACUCAGUGAUUUCACUGAGCCCGAAGAACUGCUGGACAAAGAGCUGGAUACACGGGUCAUAGGAGGCAUUGCCACCAUAGCAAACAGCGAGAGCACAAAGGAGAUCCCUAACUGUACUAGUGUUUAACCAAGAAGCCGCGUGGUCAACCACCUUCCUGACGUUUUAUUUUUGAUGACUAUUAUUACUGUUAUUAUGGAAAAAUGAAAAUGUCUUUUUUACCUUUUGUUUACCAAGGGUUCCUUCAUAAAUAACAGGCAGAUGCUGAGCUAUGGAAGGAAACAAAGGCAUCCUUAGCUGAUUGCAAUGGAUGAAGGAAUACAUGAUUGUGUCUGUGUUAAGGAUGUGUCUUCCCACAGGCUCCUUGCUUUACUCUGCUGGUGGUACAGCAAAGACAUUCUUGUGUUCUUCUGCCUUUUUUUGAAUUGGAUUUUUGUUCAUUUCUAUUUCUCCUGCCCCUGCUGCCCUCCACACUGCAUACACACACAACACAUAUCAUGCCCCGAUUCAAUUGCAGGAUGUAGGUUGAGGGGGGAGUGGACGUAGCUGCCAAAGGCACGCACACCUUUCUGAAAGAGGCCCUGCCUCGUGCAUGUCAAUUCUGAGGCUACAGAUGGCAUAUUGUAUAUAACUACAAUGUAAAUAGCUUUUUAUUUCCUAAGAAAUAAUUUAAUGUUUAGUAAAAAAGAAAACAGAAAAAAAGAAAGAUGUGUGUGUUGGCUUAUGCACUCACCUUCAGUGCCGACCGUCCUCCAGCCUGCUUGAUGUGUUGGAUUCUGGAUGCUCUCCAGAUGUCUGUCACACUCAACUCUUGAGUCUCUGUCCACACCAUAGCUGGUUUAUGCUUAUGUAUAUAAAGUGGGUGGGGAGGGCUUCUUUGGGGCAGUUAACAAAGGAAAGACUUUACUGGCAUCUGAGAACAUGGGGCCUAUUUUCUUCAUGAGAUAACAUGGAAGGUAACACAAGGCCUAGUAAAGACUUCAAAUUGAAACCCAGUUGGGGAAAUGAGACUUUUUCUCCAAAAAAAGCAAACAAAAAGAAUGCUAUUUAUCAGCCCGAGAAAGCAGUACUCUCUAAAGAAGGAGCAAUGGAUCUAAGGAUCCUGGCAUUUCUGCUUUCUAAUUGGAUUCCAGGAAUAUGUGCAUUGCUCAUGGCGAGUUCCAAGCUACUCAGAGCUCAGAACAGUCCAUGGGCACUUUGUUAGGCCCAGUGAGUAUCUACUGGAAUGAGAAGAGUCAGAGGCUAGACUGGAGGUGCCAUUUCGUGGAAUCCCGAGUCUGUGCAAACCCUGCGGGCCAAAUAGAGGCCUAGCCCUUAAUGAUAUUAGUCAGACAUGAUUUAGCAAAGCUGUGCUAUUUUACUUGUCAGAUGUACACAACUUCCUUAAAGUCAGACGUCUGCCUCCAGCUCCCUUAAGGUAGUCCUUGCGUCUGAGGUGAAUGGCUUUCAAAGCCCUUCCUCACUUUCCUAGUACCUCAGCCCCUCCACACGUUUGACAUGCCAGUUCUUUUCUGUAGGAUCACUUUCCACCAUGUUAUAAGCGUUGUUUUCGUUUCCAGGCUCUGCCUGAGCACACCUGUUUUAAAGAAUGAUAUACUGUAUAUAUAUAUAUAUGGGAGGAGAGGCCACAUUUUGUACCUAGUAACCCUCACAGGAUGCUGUUCGUGUUCCUCCUUGUGAGACACGGGGAGAAUGUAAUAGAGAAAUAUAGCUGGCUACAGCAUAGGUCAGUGUUAGAAAUGUUUCUAAAGAUCCUUUUCAUUUCAAGGGUUAAAUGGGGCAUACAAUUGCAAUAUGUGUACCAAACACUGGAAUUCAGUGCAUGAGUCAUAUCUAUAUAUAUAUACAGUAUAUGUACAUAUACUGUUCUUGAUUUUACUGUUCCAUUUGAAUAUUUCUACUGUAAAAAGGACAGUGGUUUUGAAAUUGUUGAAAA